AAAGAUGAUACAAGUUUUUGAGUGGUUAUAACAGGUGGGGUUGUGAACUUGUCCAUCAGUUUGUUGUGAGAGUGAUGUGCAUAUGUUCGUAAAAAUUGUCGCGUUGCAAAAAUUGCCAGAACGUUUUGAAAAAUGUUAAAGAAAUUUCUCAUUUUAACAGCGCUCUUGAGUGCCAUAUCUCCCACAUCCGCCGAAAACGUGGACGAAUUCCUCGCCAAAGUCAAGAAAAAUUACGACAAUGCCAAAAGGUCAAAACGCUUUAUUGAUCCAUACGAGUACCCUGGCGCUGAGCAACCCUUAGACGAAAUGUCUAAAUACGACUUCAUCGUGGUCGGUUCUGGCUCAUCCGGUUCGGUUAUAGCCAACCGUUUAACCGAAACCAACUGGACCGUCCUUUUGCUCGAAGUCGGCGAAGAAGCGACCCCACUUACCGACAUUCCGGUCAUAGCACCCUUAUUCCAAUUCACUAGUCUCAACUGGAACUAUCUCAUGGAAAAACAAGACAAUAUGUGUCUAGGUUUGGAAGACCAACGCAUGGCAUGGCCCCGUGGUCGUGGCCUGGGUGGCUCAACCCUUAUCAAUUACAUGAUCCACGUGCGUGGUAACCGCCGCGAUUACAACCGAUGGGCAAAAAUGGGCAACCCGGGAUGGUCGUACCACGACAUCUUCCAGUACUUCCUCAAAUCAGAGGAUUUCCUGGUCAGGAAGCAAGACCCAGGUUACCACACAACUGGUGGGUACUUGGGGGUCCAGGAUGUACCGUAUCGGACCCAAUCCGCCCAUGCGUUUGUCCAAGCGGCCCAAGAAGCCGGUCAUAAGUUCGUCGAUUACAAUGGUAAACGCCAAAUGGGAGUAUCAUACGUCCAUGCCACCACCAGAAAUGGUAAAAGAUCAAGUGCAGAAGAAGCUUUCCUCAGACCAAUCAAACACCGCCAAAACCUCAAAAUCUCAACCAAAAGCCGCGUCACUAAAGUACUAAUCGAUCCUCAAACCCGGCAAGCAUAUGGUGUCCAAUACAUCAAAAAUGGAAAGUACCACACGGUACUAGCCUCCAAAGAGGUGAUUUUAUCGGCUGGUGCCUUCAAUUCGCCCCAAAUUUUGAUGCUAUCGGGGAUCGGACCCCAAAAACACCUCCAGGAGUUGGGAAUCCCUGUCCUGGAGGACCUACCAGUUGGGCAAAAAAUGUACGACCAUAUCACCUUCCUGGGCUUGGUUUUCCAAGUCAAUGAGUCGAUUGUCAGUGACCAGAAACUACUCGAAAGCCCAGAAUCGUUUCUACAGCUAGUACUCAAAAAUAAUGGACCUUUGACAACCCUUGGUGGGGUUGAAGCCUUACUGUACUUCAAAACCAACGUUUCCAAAGGCCCUGCCCCUUACCCCGACAUGGAACUAAUCUUCAUUUCGGGAAGUAUGAACACAGAUCUUGGAAAAUACUACCGGAAGACUUUCCGUAUUACCGACGAAGUUUACAAUACAGUGUGGAAACCCCUAGAGAACAAAUACACAUUUUCGGUACUACCUAUGCUCGUGCACCCCGAAUCUUACGGCCACUUGGAGCUAAAAUCAACCAAUCCGUUCCAUUGGCCCCGUUUUUACGGUAAUUACUUUACAGAUCGCGACAAUACCGAUAUUAAAACCUUCAUUGCUGCGAUCAGGGAGGUACAAAGAAUUGCCAAAAUGCCAACAUGGCAAAAAUACGGUGUCAGACAAGUUACUACAAAAAUCCCCGGUUGCCAAAAUUUCGUUUUUGACAGUGAUGACUACUGGGAAUGUGCUCUAAGACACGUUACUACGACUUUGCACCACCAGGUGGCCACGUGUAAGAUGGGUCCGAAGACUGAUCCUGAGGCAGUUGUUGAUCCGGAAUUGAGGGUGUACGGGGUGAGGGGGUUGAGGGUUGCUGAUACGAGCGUGAUCCCGAUACCUUUGACUGCGCAUACGAAUGUUCCCGCGUUUAUGGUGGGGGAAAAGGCGGCUGAUUUGAUUAAGGAGACUUGGAGGGGGGCGUAGGUAUUGUUGGUUGCGUGGCUGUGAUCUACUUUUACAUUGAAUAAAAUUAAUUUAUUUA